UAGUCGUCUUCUGUGGCACAACUCUACGUAUGAAACCAUGAGACCUCCUGAAAGACUGCGAAGGAAACACUGAUGUGAACACACGAGGUUGUCCGUCUGCAAAAGGAAGGAGUUACAAUGAGCCACAUGUUAAUUUGUGAGUCUGAACCAACGUGUGUAUCCUGAUUGCAAAACAAUGACAAAGGUUGCUGUGGCUAAACUUCUCCUUCUGGUGAUCCUCGCCUUUAUCAUCUGCCUCCCAGAGUACUUCAGGAUAUACUCAGUUUCAAAGGUGAAUUUCCUCUGCCUUCCUCACCUACCAUGUGAACAAAGGUAUCAGGAACGAAAAGCAGGAAACGGGCGACCAAGAAAUGGUGAAAAUGAGAGAAAGAGUUUAUGUGAUCCUACUCCAACUCCAGAACAUGAACAGUGGGAGCAGAUCUGCACACAAAAGACUCAAAGAAACACAAGAGGAGAUUCAAGCAGAGGCUGGUUCAUGUGUAAAACAGACAAGAACAUGGAGGAUUUUAACAGCAACAUCUCAUCAAAAGCUCUGAUGGUGUUUCUGGAGGUGUCAGUCAGUUUUCAACUGAAUGAUACAGAGACCAUGAAUCUUACUUUGUAUGGCCACAGCAAUCACAGCUUCUUAUACCUCCAACCACCUGAAGAGGUGGGAGAUCAAGGGGGUGAUGGUGCAGACCAGGAAGAGGCUUUCUACUGCUGUCUUCCUCUCAUUCCCACAUCUAACUCAACCAAUCAAAGCCACUGUCUCCUUUGGCUCGCCAAUCAAACUGUUUUGACAGGAACAGAAACAGAAAGGCUGCCAUGGCAACGGGCAGAGAAAGAGUGGUGCAGGUUCAGGGUGAUCUGGCUGAUUCUGCUGUGUGUGGUGUUCCUGAUUGUAGUUACAGCUGUUAUUGGAAAAAUCUAUGUGGGGCAACGCUUCAACAAAAAACCUAUUUUGCAUCAUACUGAUUACCACCCUGCUAAUCAGCAGUUAAAAGGAAGAGCCUACCGAUUAAAUCAGUUUCAGUGUGGGUCUGGACUUUCACCCAUUCCAGAAAUCGAAAGCCAAGAAUCCCUUUCAUCGUCGCUGAUAUCCUUCUCCCUCCCCGAAGAACAGGGGUACUGGCAGAAGCGCCACAGGAGCACAGAGGCGCACUAAGGCAAGAAAAUAAAAGGACUACAUUACCUCAAGGCCUCUGUUGUAGAGACAUAUAUAGCAUACAUAGAUCACUACUGCGUUCAUUAUUAAAACCUACCCAGUGAAGUUGGAUUGACUUCACAAAGCCAUUUGUUGGACAUUUCAAUGGAUAAAAGACGCUUCAAGUAAAGACGUCGUUACUUCAGAUCCACCAUCCAAAAGUGAACCAGUGAAUGAUCUCCUGCCUCAACAAAGACUUCUUGAAGCUUUUCAUCCCACUGAGGCCAUUGUGUGCAUAUUCAGAGCUAUCUGUAAGUUUUUCAGAGGUGAACACAAGGAGUCCAAAAUUAGUAAUAGAGCCCACACAAAAUUAGAACCCAUUCUAAGGCUUUAACCAGAGCACUAUGGACCAAAGAGAGAACCUGAUUCUGAGAAGGCACCGAAAUUAGCUGUCCAGUUAACCUCAGCUCUCAACUGUCUGAUGAAAAUAAAAAGAUGAAUGCUAUUCUA